ACUUGCGCCGGGGCGUCGCGGUGGAAAUGAGUGCUGCGUUUGGUCUGUGCACGUUGGUGCAGCUGCAGCCGGCGGACGAGCGGCCGGACAGCGUCAAAGUUUUAAGACUGACCCUGCAGAAUGACCUUCCGGGGGAUCGGCCGGACCAAGUAAAGCAAAAGCCGGUGGGAAGAGCCUUCGCGAUGGUGGCCAACCGGGCCACGAGUAGCCACGCCUUGACGUCCGAAUGCAUCAAAUCUAAUGAGGGUGACGAGGAGAUAAUUAAGGUGUACCUGAAAGCCCGGGCUGAAGACAGGACGAAGAACGGCAACGGCCCCUCUCCGUUGACAAACGACAGCUCUCAUCCUGCAGAGUUUCCCCCCGACAAGUCAAACGGCUUCCAGCCUCUUCGGACAGUAACGUAUCGCACAAUAUCCAUAAGCCAGGAUGAACCCACGUACCCCACCGAGGACAUCUCCGUCAUGCGGGAGACAACCAAGAGGCUUUUUUCAAAACUUCAGGAAGCGGAGAAGAGGCAUCAGUCGGACCGCGCUGCCUACGAGACGUCCAUCUCGCACUACCGGAGGGAGGCGGAACACUCUGGCAUUGCCCUCCGGAAGGCCGAAACAGAGCUGGAAAUGAAGGACCUUAAAUUGGAAGAAUUGCAGCGGCUCCUGACUGGCAUGGAGAAGGAGCACCAGAUCCUCCUGCAGAAAGUUCGAGAAGGUGAACUGCACCUGGAGGUCCUGCGGAGCUCGGAGCAGGACAAGGUUGCUGAGCAGGAACGGUCAGCCAAACUGGAGAAGGAGGUGGCCACUCUGCGGGAGAAGAUCCACCACCUGGACGACAUGCUCAAGAGCCAGCAGCGCAAAGUCCGGCACAUGAUCGAGCAGCUGCAGAACUCAAAGACGCUGAUCCAGUCCAAGGACACCGUCAUUCACGAGCUCAAGGAGCGGGUGGCCUACCUGGAGGCCGAGAACCUGGAAAUGCACGACCGCAUGGAGCACCUGAUCGAAAAGCAGGCCAACCCCGGCUCCUUCCACACCCGCACCCGGUCCAAAUCAGAGACGGUCAGCAGCAAAAGGUUCACCAAGCCGCUGGGACCAAAACCUUUGCCCCUGAUCCGAGUCUUGGAAACAUGAACAGGGAUUGGCGACUACGCCUGGGGAGAAAUUCUGCCCGUCACAGACCUGCUGGAUGUGGGCUGCCGCCUCUCGUUGAUCGCUUCGUUUCUCCCCAAGUUCCUCGCUCCCUCCUGUGCCAAGGGAGGGUGUUGGCACGACUGGAAGGCCUCCCCAGGCCCUAAAAGCCAGGAAUUUUAAUCGGGUCAAGGAGGAAGAGGAAAUGUGGGGCUGUAGAAGAAAAUUGAGCGAGUGGAUAGCGGGUUACUUUAGAAACGGACAGUGCCUUUUGAACUGCCAAACUACUCCAAUUUCAUAGCUUGGUUCUCGUGCAAAAUUAUUUUGAGGUAGAGAGGGAGAAGAAGGGAAGGUGCACUAGCAGCUCUUGAUUUGAAAAUUAGCUUUUUUUCUCUGCCUUUUGAGCGAGGCGCUUCCCACUUUCUCCUUCCGUCGUGGAGAGGCCCCGUGCAUCCCCCCUCCCUCUCCCCAGAAUAAAAGGAACCAAGCUAGAUCCCUGUUUGCCUAGGGACCCUCGACUCCUGUAAUUUAAUCUAGCAGCCUUUUGUGUGUCUGUACAUAUCUGUCUAUGAAAUAAAUGCGAAAAUGGUGUUUAAA